GGCUUGAUACGGAUUAAAGUCUUAAACAUCCCAGAUACUCGAUCCGUUUCCCUUUCAUUCUCUCUCUGUCUAAUCAAAAAGGGGUUCUCGAACGCGCCGAUCCUUCCUCACCGCCUCCGACUCUCCGAUCCCUCUUCGACUUGGUUUAUGAGUUGUAGCUUAUAUACAAGUUUUGGCUAUGCACUGAUGAGUUUGGAUGUGUUUUUGUAUUCUCAGCUCGAAGGAGAGACCCACUCUCGGGCAAUCGGAGACUGCAGAUCACUACACAAACAGCAACAGGUAGCAGUUUGAAUCCCUCAAACUUUCCAUUUUUAUUUUUUCUGCAACAAUUACUUAAUCCAUGGACGACAUAUUCGGAGAGUCUCUGAACUUCGAAGAGAUCCACAUCAAGCAAGGCUUCGACGAAGGCCACAAAGACGGCCUGAUCGCUGGAAAAGAGGAGGCCAGGCAAGUGGGCCUCAAGGUGGGCUUCGAGGUCGGUGAGGAGCUAGGGUUCUACAAGGGUUGCGUGGAGGUAUGGAACUCUGCGGUCCGGGUUGACCCAACCAGGUUCUCGACUCGGGUCCAGAAGGGCGUGAAGCAGAUGGAGGAGUUGGUGGAGAGGUACCCAGUUAUGGAACCUGAGAAUGAGAGCGUGCAGGAGAUAAUGGAGGAUUUGAGGUUGAAGUUUAAGGCGGUUUGUGCUUCUUUGGGUGUGAAAUUGGAGUACCAAGGGUACCCGAGAGCUUCAUCUUCUGGGGCUAAAGACGUUGCGUUUUGAGUUGAAUAUAUGUUGUUGUAAAAGCUUAGAGGGUUAGUUUGAAAUUGAGGUUUUGGUAGCAAAAGUUGAAAGCAUUAUGGGAUGUGAGUUAGCUUUUGGGUUGUGGGUUUUCAUUGCUGGUUUAAUUCACUCAUUUUCUCUAGUUCUACAUUUUUGUUUGCUCAAUAGUUUCAUAACCAAGGGUUUGGGCAACCUGAGUCCAAAGCCGACAUUGUCAUUUGGUUUGUUAUGGCAAUUUCGGUUUUGGACUGUUGAUGAUAAAGCAUAUACUUUAUCAUCUCAACCGAAGCUUCAAUUUGUAUAUUUUUUUUGUAUAGCAUUCUCAUCUUACAUCGUUUUCUUUGGCUAUUUGGUAAGUAGGAGGACAUUUUCUAAAAUCAAGAAUGUCAUAUUUACACA